AUGGCCAACGACGAUGCCGCUCAAAUCUUUAAAAGUGCCGCUUUAUUAAAAUCAGCGCCUCUCACGCAGAGAUUAAAAGCUUCUCAGCGGUGGGCAAAGACAGCCAAGAGUAAUGGAAAAAAUGAUAGCGACUAUCUAGACGCAUACGAAAUGGCAAUAUCGUUGGUUUCGCAAGUCACAGGGAUGGAGAAAACCAUCGGUUUGCGCUAUCGAAAUCUUUUCGACGAGACAAUCUCGGACCUACCAAAUGAAGCCGCGGCGGCAGCGUUCGCAGCCAGUAAUAUCGAUUCAGCAUUCGAAUUCCUAGAACAAGGUCGAUGUAUUGUAUGGAGACAGAUUCAUAACCUCCGAACACCAUUUGACAAACUAUCAAGUGUUGAUCAGGACUUGGCUGAUGAUCUUUCACAAAUUGCGAAGGAACUAGAGUCUGCUGGGCUACGGAAUGAGGCUGUUGUAACAGGCUUAGAUCCCAUUGUUAUGAAGGAAAAAAUGGGAAUCCAGGAGGAAGCCACUAACAGCGCCCAGCUUGCACAAAGAUGGGACGCACUACUUGCCAAAGCUCGUAACAUUGAAGGAUUUGACGACUUUUUACGGCCUCAUCGAUAUCAAGAUAUUAUUCGCAGAGUCCCCAGUACCGGGUACGUGGUCGUAAUCAACAUUCACGCCGAGAGAUGUGACGCAAUUGCCUUGGGAGGUCCGAAGAAAGAGGCUCUUCACAUUCCACUAAAUCUAUUCACCUACAACGAUGCAGUGCGCCUUGUAAGGCUACAAGAUACCGUUCUUGAGUCUCGCGGAUCCCGUACGACUGAGCAUGAGAUUGAAGACACCGUUGGGACAAGAGGAUCGAGACCUUAUUUGAGGUCAUCAAAUCCGAUGCAAGAAAUUUUGGGCGAACUAUGGACAAGCGUGGUUAAUCCCAUACUCCAAGCGUUGGAAAUCAAGGGCCCAAUGAGCGAUUUAAAACGAAUUUGGUGGUCUCCUACUGGUCCGCUAUGCUUUCUACCGAUCCAUGCAGCUGGGAUUUACAAUACCAGACACAAUGUGUGCCUUUACGACUAUGCCGUGUCGUCUUACAUUCCUACUGUCAAUACUCUGAUCGAUUUAUUGGGGCAAGCAUCAGAGUCUCAAUAUGCAAAGAAGAUAAACGUCGUCGUUGUUGGUCAGGGGCAUGCGCCAGGCCUCCCUCCAUUGCCAGGCGCCCAGAAGGAAAUCAAUAUGCUCAAAGACAAAUUCGACUCGGCCAAAAUCGAAUUUUCAUGCGUAGAAGGAUCCGUUGCCACAAUGGAACGAGCAAUGAAGGAUAUGGAAACUUUCAACUACAUCCACUUUGCCUGUCAUGCCAUACAGGAUACUACCCAUCCUCUCAAAAGCGGAUUUUAUCUGUCCGACGGACGUCUAGAACUUUGGAAUAUGCUGAAGGUUCAUAAUAGAGAUGCCGAGCUUGCAUUUCUAUCUGCAUGUCAAACUGCGAGGGGGAACAGCUGGCUUUGGGAAGAGGCAGCGCAUCUGGGUGCAGGAAUGCUUGCUGUGGGCUACAGAGGUACGGUGGCGACGAUGUGGUCCAUCAUGGAUCGUUAUGGAGCGAAGGUGGCAGAAGACUUUUAUUCCGAUUUGUUCAACAUUGAUGAAACUGUGGAUAAUCUUGGACGACGAUUUGGGUCAGCGGGGUCCCUUCAUAGCGCCAUCAGUCGCUUGAGAGCAGAGAUAGGAGACUCGGACGCAGCCAUGCUGGCAUGGGUACCAUACUUGCAUAUGGGAGUGUAA